UCAGGAUUAGGUUUACUCUCUCUCCCAAACUCCGCCCAAUUUCAUCUCUCCGCCGCGCGCAACUGUAACCUUUACUUAUAUAUAUCGUUCUUCGUUUGUGUGAAAGAUGAGUAGUGUUGGUCAAGUCACUUGCAAUGAUCGAACAAGAACGUAUUGGACUCCGACAAUGGAACGGUUCUUCAUAGAUCUUAUGUUAGAGCAUUUGAACAGAGGAAACAGAACAGGUCACACUUUUAGCAAACAAGCUUGGACCGACAUGGUUUGUGUUUUCAAUUCAAAGUUCGGUUCUCAGUACGAUAAAGAUGUGUUGAAGAGCCGGUACACGAAUCUUUGGAAGCAGUAUAAUGAUGUGAAGAGUCUUCUUGAUCAUGGUGGUUUUGUUUGGGAUCAGACUCAUCAGAUUGUUACUGGUGAUGAGAGUUUAUGGAGUUUGUAUCUCAAGGCUCAUCCUGAAGCUCGUGUGUACAAGACGAAACCUGUGUUGAAUUAUAAUGAUUUGUGUUUGAUUUAUGGGUAUACUGUUGCUGAUGGGAGAUAUAGUAGAUCAAGUCAUGAUUUUGAGGUUGAAGAUGAGAUUAAUGGAGUCAACAUUGGUGAGAGUAGUGGAAGUGUUGUUUUAUCGAGUAAAGAAAGCUCGAAAACUGAGUGGACUCCGGUUAUGGACCAAUACUUUGUUGAGGUUAUGCUUGAUCAAAUCAGUAAAGGUAACAAAACUGGUAAUGGUUUCAGUAAACAAGCAUGGACAGAUAUGCUUGCUUUGUUCAAUGCUAAAUUUAGUGGUCAAUAUGGGAAAAGAGUUUUGAGGCAUCGGUACAACAAGUUGUUGAAAUACUACAAGGAUAUGGAAGCUAUUUUGAAAGAAGACGGGUUUUCGUGGGAUGGAACUCGGUUAAUGAUAGCUGCAGAUGAUGCUGUUUGGGAUUCUUACAUCAAGGAGCAUCCACUUGCUAGAACGUAUAGGAUGAAAUCUUUACCGAGCUACAACGAUUUGGACACCAUAUUUGCCUGUCCAGCUGAGCAAGGGGUUAUACCACAUCCAGUUCAAGGCAAAGAUCACAGAGAUGAUGGUUCGGCUGCCCAAACAAGUGGGACUAAGGCCAGCCAAGUGCACAAUUCUGAACGCACAAGGACAUUUUGGACUCCACCAAUGGACUACUAUCUUAUUGACUUAUUAGUAGACCAAGUGAAAAAUGGGAACAGAGUUGGGCAGACUUUCAUAUCAAGUGCUUGGAAUGAAAUGGUUACAGCAUUCAAUGCCAAAUUCAUGUCUCAACACAGCAAAGACGUUCUGAAGAAUCGGUACAAACACUUAAGGAGGUUGUACAACGACAUUAAGUUUCUUCUCGAGCAAAAUGGGUUCUCAUGGGAUACAAAGAGAGAUAUGGUGAUUGCAGAUGAUGGCAUUUGGAAUACCUAUAUACAGGCACAUCCAGAAGCUAGAUCAUAUCGUGUUAAAACUAUUCCAAGCUAUCCAAAUCUUUGCUUCAUAUUUGGGAAGGAAACGUCGGAUGGGAGAUACACACGCUUGGCUCAAUCUUUUGAUCCCAGUCCGGCAGAAAAUGUGCGGAUGAUUGAAAGUGGAAGCACAGAUGGAUUUAAAGAUACUCUAGGGGAAACUCAAAGUUUCCAGAUGGUGAUUUAUGCCAGCAAUGAGAAAAAUGAUUACCUGUGUAGCAAUACCGGUCCUUGUAUAGAAUGGACACAUUUCAUGGACCGCUGUCUUAUCGAUCUUAUGCUAGAACAGGUUGAUAGAGGUAAUAAGAUUGGUGAGACAUUUACAGAGCAAGCUUGGGCAGUCAUGGCAGAAUCUUUCAAUGCAAAGUUUGGUAUAGAGACUGACAUGUUUGUGCUGGAGAAUCGUCUCAUAUUAAUGAUGAAAGAGUGUGACGACAUCAACAAUAUCCUCAAUGUCGAAGGAUUUACUUGGGAUGAGGAGAAGCAAACCAUUGUUGCUGAAGAUGAAUAUUGGGAAGCAUAUAUCAAAGAUCAUCCAGAUGCAACUAUAUAUAAAGGUAAAACCUUGGAUAGUUACGGCAAUUUGUGCAAGCUACAUGAACAUCUCUCCCAAGAUAGUUUCAAUUGUGAGAAUCUCAUGAUUGAGUUGGAAAACUAUGACCAUGAGAUAGUCAAUGACUUUAGUUUGCCACACAAGCAGCAAAAUAAGCGACCUAACCCAGUAACUCCACCGUUGGGGCUAAUUGUACAUAAAGCUCAGAAGACAGGACUAGAGACGAGGAAUCCUCUGUGUGAGGCAGAAGGUGAUGAUGAUGGUUGCACAAAGCCUAUUCCGCAGCACGAAAUUUACUCAAGAAUAGGAAAUGCCAUUGAUGCAUUGCAAGCUUUGCCUGAUAUGGACGAUGAGCUUCUGCUGGAUGCUUGUGAUCUUUUGGAAGAUGAGAGGAAAGCAAAGACAUUCUUGGCUUUGGACGUCUCGUUACGUAGGAAAUGGCUGGUGAGAAAGCUUCGUCCUUCAUCUAAAUUUUAAGCCAAUGGCUCUCUCUCUUUGAAGCCAAACAAGCAACCAAGAUAUAAACCAUGCUUUAAGCACAAUAGAGGAUUAGCUAAUGUAAGUUAUUGUAUAGUAAAUAACUUUUUGCUAUUGUUUAAAGAGUAUUGUACAAUUUUGUCAUCUUAGAUCACAAUAUCGAUUAUAUA